UGUGAACUGUCGUGUAGAUUGUCAUUUGCGGUAUCGUUUCUGAUAAUAUUUGCAAAAAAAUGUCAUAAAAUUAAUAUUAUAGUUUAUUUGGAAAAACGAUUAUCUUUAUGUGUCGUGUUUCAUAAAGUAUAACAGCAAGUCAUACUUUCAAGUCAAAUAUAAAAAAAAAUGUUGUAAAAUUAUUGCUCAAUAUAUAUUUAGUGGUUAGACAUUAAAGUGUUAGUUACAAGUUGACAAAAUAGAUAAGAGAUGUGCGACAGAUAUCCGGGCUACUUGUUCAGUGGAACUCCUGUUAGUAGCUGGGACAGGGGAUUUAAUACAUUGGAAAAUCAAAUUCAACAGCAGUACAGAGGCAGGGCGGGCGCGGGCGCUCGCUGUUGGGGCAGCAUGUCGGAGGGCGGCGGCGUGUCGGCGGCCGGCGGGGACACGUGCAAGACGAACCUCAUCGUCAACUACCUACCGCAGACGAUGACGGAGAAGGACUUGUACGCGAUGUUCAUGACCAUUGGACCCAUCGAGAGCUGCAGGGUUAUGAAGGAUUUUAAGACUGGAUACAGCUACGGCUUCGGUUUCGUGAACUUCACGCGCGAGGAGGACGCCGCCAGAGCCAUAGACACUUUCAACGGAUACCAGCUCAGAAACAAACGGUUAAAGGUAUCAUACGCGCGUCCAUCAGGCGAAGACAUAAAAGACACGAACCUGUACGUGACGAACUUGCCGCGUGCCAUCACCGAAGACCAGCUCGAGACGAUAUUCGGCAAGUACGGGCGGAUAGUGCAGAAGCACAUACUGAGGGACAAGAACAACGGCACACCUAGAGGCGUAGCGUUUGUUAGAUUUGACAAAAGAGAAGAAGCGCAAGAGGCGAUAGCGGCGUUGAACAAUGUCAUACCAGAGGGCGGCACUGAGCCGCUUUGUGUUAAGGUGGCGGAAGAGCAUGGCAAGCAAAAAGCGGCGUAUUACGCGGGCUGGGCGGCCGGCUUCCACCACAACAGAGGCGAUUACGCAUGGGGUUGCAACAGCUGCGUGGGGCCAGAUAAUUGGGAGAGUUUUCCAUCCCCACCGCUAGGUGGCAGCCAUCCAACCACACCACGCAACGGAUGCCGGCCCGGCGCCUGCGCCAGCAGACCCAACUACCCAGUCCCGGGGAAACUGACUCCAAGAUCUGGCAGAGGCAGAAACCUUGCCUGGACACCAGGAUUUAACGGCGAGGAACGGUUUAAAGGCCAAAGAUGUAGAAACGGGCCGUCCCCGUAUUGGUAACAUAAGGUUAUUGUUUGAUGGUUAGAGAUUGGAAACACAUAAUGUAUAUAGUUCUUUUGUGCGGAUAGAGUUUUUCGUGUGAAUGAAGAACAGGCAUGUGAUCGAGAACGUUUAUUGACGGAUAUUUUUUCUUAGUUGUAACUGGCGUUCGUUUUGAAACGCGAGCAUUGUUGUUGCAACAUUAUUAAUUUUUAUAAUCGCUAUGUUGAACUUUAUUGAUCUCGGGGGCCGGUUUUAUGAAAUUAUGCCGUUUUAAACGUCAAAGAAGACAGAAAUAAAUAACCUUGGACAAUUUGUCUUGUGUCUGCCAGAGGACUUAAACCUAAAUGGAGUUACAUAUUACAAUGAAAUGACGUAUAAAAGAAGUACCUAUUUAUACGUUUUCUAUGGCACUGCACGCCUGGCAUAUAACAAAAUAUUGCCAGAUGCUAAAAUGAUGGUUACAACAGUGCGACAAAAUAUACGCAGUUUUGUGAAGACUUUAAAACACACUUGUUGUGUUAGCAGCGAGCCCGUAGCCCUUAUUUAUACACGCGAAGUGUGUCAUUGCGCACUCGCGCUAUGUUCACUGCGCGACAUAUCGUAGUGUUGUUAAAUGAAUAUUUCUUUUGCGUCAUGUCAAAGAAAAGCCCCUAAUGUGAUUAAGAUAUACAUGUCUAUUUAAAAUGAAAUGAGAAUGUACGUGACAGUCGAUUUUAUUCGGGCCAUGUUGAGUUUUGUAAAUAGUAUAUCUACGUGUGUAUUCGUAGUGCAUGUCCUGUGAUAUAAUUUCUGUGCAAACAACCUAAAAGUUCGAAUGGCAUGGGAAAUGAACAGUGCAGUAAUAUACAUAUCAAGAGUGUUUAGGGAUAAACGCGGUUUGUUAAUAAUUUGUCCACUCUGUUAAAAAAUAAUUAGGUAUAGAAAAUUGCUUAGCGUUAACGAUUUACAAAAUUGUUCAUUUUGUGAAAUAAACGACAUUUACUCACUUUACUUUAUUAUUUUUUUAAUUUAUUGUCGAACUUUUAUUUAGAAUUUCAUUUUCUAUAAAUAGGAAAAAUUGCUUCAAUCCCUUUUUAAAAGUACCAGAACAUUGUUAAAUGAGACACUAGAUGAUAAAAAACAUUCAAAAACGAAUUAAGUUAAUAUAUAUUUUAACAUCAUUUUAUUAGAAUAAAUAUUGGCAAACAUUCGGGUACGAGUACUUUGAUCUUUAAACACUUUUGACGUGUAUCAUUAUAUCCCUUUAGCCAGCUCAUGAUAUUGAUAUUUUUAAUAUGUAUACAUCUCACAAUUUUAGUGGUAACACUAUUUACAAAGUCGGAUGACUAAAAAAACUGUGUAGACAGUUAUAACGGCUUUGGCAAGAUAAUGGUAUAUUUUUAUCAUCAUAUAAAAAAAAAUAGAGUACCAUUGAUUGCAAUGGCGAUAAGAUGUAUUGUCGAUAAUUGAUAAUGAAAUAAAGUUUUGGCCUAUGAAUGAAUUGGCCGUCUGUGUCGCCCAAUUUAAUUCCUCAUAUUUCCUUAGGAAAUUUGUAAUUGGUCAAUAUUUUUACGUCAAUGUAUGGCAGACAUAUUUAUUGGCAAGGUGUUAAAUUUUGGCAAUUUUACGAAAUGUAAUGGCCAUAUUUAAUAUUAUUAAUACAUCUUCUGAUAAUUAAGAGUGAGAAAGAUACGUAUUGUGUCGCCGAGCAUUGCUAACCAUUGCCGUGGAAAUAUUGGUCGUUUACAAGUUCCUUUAAAAUGAGGAAAUAUUUCCCCCAUGCCAGAGUUAAGGUUUUUAAAUGGAGAUUUGAUAAUUUGUUUUAAUUCUUUCACGAGGAGUUUUGGUUUAGUUUAUAUUGCGUUUGUUUAUACGUAAUAUUGUUUUUUUUUUUGUAAACUUUCACCGCUGGCAAAACGUGUAUAUUUUAUAAAUUUGAAUAAACUAUGACAGAGUGUUAUGAAAGUUUAAAUUUACUAUAAAGUUGGAUAAAUUAUUUAUAUUUUUUUUUCAAAUACAAUAUAUUUUAUACGCCUCACUUCCUUAAACACGACUUUAUGUUAAUAGUGGUUUUAGUAGAUAUUUUUAGAUCACAUUAUAGUUAAAAUCCGCAUUUACGUUUGGCGUUCACGAAAAGUUUUUCGUUUACGCCUCCGAAAAUCUGCUAAACUGGUUCGGUCUCCAUCGUAUUUGCUAUAAAUUUUUAAAAGCUGUUACAUUUAAAAACCGGUUAAUGUAAGUUGAACUCGUACACUCCGAGUUUCGUACAAUGCUAAAUUUCUUUCUGGUAUGAAUUGAUAUUAUAUUCGCGAUAAAAACAAAUUAUUAGACAAACACAAUCCUCUACUUAUUGCAGUUCAAAAGAUGGCCAUUUAAGAUUGGCUAGAAAGGAUAGGUCGACUUAGCAGGUCAAUGAAUUAAUGUUGCACGAGGCACCAUAACUAAGACUUCUUUUUGGUCCGUGAAUACAGCUUAGAGCUUUUGAAAUGAGAAAAAUAAAACAACUGAUGUGAGGAAAAAAUCAGUUUUAGUAUUAGAACUUUGUAGGAAUUGUGUUGGAAUUUUUCUAUUAUUGUCAGUGUAGUGUAUAGUGUAAAUACUUCACAGGACUAAUAAUAGUAUUAUUUUAAAAGUAGGUUAUUUAGAUUUUCUUCUUCCCUGAAAUAUGUAAUAUAGAAAUUCUGGUUAUUAGGUACUAAAGGUUUGGGUUCUACGAAAACACGGCCCAAAAAUGUGCUUCUAGUUUACGUCAUGCAUUUCACACAAUUGCUCAAUUUUUUUAGUCAGCGGUGAAACGGACCCUACCCUUGAAAAUACUUUAAUUUUUAAUCGUUUGUAUCUCCUUUCAAAAUGGUUUGUAAAUUUUCCCAUUACUUACUUUUGAAUUUGUUUGCUGUAAUUAUCAAAAGUCUGGGUAUUUGUUUAUGUUACCUAAGUUGCUUUUAUUUUAAAAAAUAUAACAUAAUAUUAU